UCACUGCUUCUUUUGUCGCAGCGGAACAGUCAGCUCCAGUGACAACUGCGGAACAGUGCCAAAGUAGCAGACAGUGAAAGAGCAACACAUCUCUACAUUCCAUAGAUUAAAUACAAAUCUUAUUCUACGAUCUACGUCCUUCCAAAAUUCCAUGUAGAUUGAUAAUUUUGGCAUUAAUCUAUGGUUUUGGCUUGGCAAUCUUGGCAUGUUUUUAUUCAACCAUAGAGAAAAUAAUUAUAUUUAUUUUAUCUCUGUAUUUAACCUACGAAAGUAACUCAUGCCAUAAAAAGUUUACUCAUGCUUCGUUUUCGUUUCGUGAAGCACAAAUAGAAGAAUUUUAGUACCUUUAUGUUUGUGUACCUAUAUUUAAAGGAUAAAAAAUUGUCUAAAUAAAGUGAAAUUUUGUUAACAUUGUACUCAAAAUUUUGCGAGUAGAAUAUAUAUUAACUAAUAAAAUCGAAAUCCUAGAUAAAAUAAGUUGCUAAGCUAGAUGGUGUACGUCUUGAGUGAUUUUUAUCAAUAAACAUUUAUCCAUUUGUGUAGGUCAUUCAACUAAGAUAAAAAAGUUGACAACAAUUCACAAACAGGUCUGUUGGGUUCUGCAUUGCAAUCAGUUAGGGUUCAGUGAGCCUGAGCUCUCUUUUUAGUUUGAUAUAGGUAUUCAGUGUCUAGAGUUUUGCUGAAGAAUAAAAAUGAGGCUGAUUAUUUUGGAUACUGCUAAUGCUGUAUCAGAAUGGGCAGCCAAGUAUGUAGCAAGAAGAAUUAAUGAUUUUAAUCCUGGUCCAGACAAAUAUUUUGUAUUGGGGCUGCCAACAGGCAGUACACCAUACCAGAUGUACCAGAAGUUAAUAGAAUACUACAAAGCAGGUAAAGUCUCCUUUAAGUAUGUAAAAACGUUCAAUAUGGAUGAAUAUGUUAAUUUACCAAGGGACCACCCUGAGAGCUAUCACUGGUACAUGUGGAAUAACUUCUUUAAACACAUAGACAUAGACCCGAAGAAUGCUCACAUCUUAGAUGGAAACGCUAAUGAUUUAGUAGCAGAAUGCAAUAAUUACGAGAAGGAGAUAGAAAAAGCUGGGGGUAUAGAAUUAUUUAUAGGAGGAAUUGGUCCUGAUGGGCACAUAGCAUUCAACGAACCUGGUUCUUCCUUGGUUUCACGUACGAGAGUUAAGACUCUCGCCCAAGACACCUUGGAGGCUAACGCCAGGUUUUUCGGAAAUGAUAUUGACAAAGUACCUAAACAGGCUCUAACUGUCGGUGUUGGUACUGUCAUGGACGCUAAAGAGGUUAUGAUUUUAAUAACUGGCACCCACAAAUCCUUCGCUUUGUACAAAGCCAUCGAGGAGGGGGUGAACCACAUGUGGACUGUGUCCGCUUUCCAACAGCAUCCACAUACAUUGAUGAUAUGCGAUGAAGACGCCACGUUGGAACUUCGUGUUAAGACUGUGAAAUACUUCAAGAAUUUGUCUGACUUACACAACCAACUGGUAGAAGACUAACGACGAGUAUCAUUUAUCCAGUAGGCAAUUUUUUUCUUUGUAAUGAAUUAAAAAAACAUUUAUAUGAAAUUAUUUUUACAUUUAUUAUGUAUUAACUAAUUA